AUGAGUUUAAUUGAUCAUAGUGACGUCAUUAAAUUCUGUUGUUCAUUCUUUUUUCUCGUAAACUUUAAGUGUUUUUGUUAUAGAUGGUGCAGGACUCUUUACUUAUUGUUUGUAUCUCAUGGAAACAAAGCAGCUUAUUCAGAUGGAUUUGUAGAAGGUGCAAUUGGAUCCAUUCUCAGGGAAACUCUUGAAGAUUUGGAUUAUCUUCUCAAAUUGAGUAAUAUUGCGCUUCAUUCUAAUGGUGAAGUUAAAUUUUUUGAUAUUAUGAUUUCUGCAUUUAUGUUUUAUAUUGAAAAUGGUUCAGAUCUAGUUUUAGUUCAUUUUGGUUCCAAAUUAUUAAACCUGUUUUUUAACUGUUAUGACGGCUAUGAGGAACGUAGUUGGGAGGAAGUUGGUUUUAAAUAUGUAUUUGUUCUAUAA